CUGCAGUGGAAGCAUGGAGACCUAACCACUGGACCACCAGGGAAGUCCAAGGAGCCCACUCUUCAAUGCACUCUGGUUGUUUCCUUCCAUCCCCUGGCUCAUCCCCACUGUCUGCUGGUGCCCUCUGGGAUCACCUUCCAAAUCAACUCUUUGCAGUGGAAUCCCUGCCUCAGUGUCUGCUUCGGGGGAUGGACAUCUAGGAGAGAGGACAGAGCCUAUCUGGGAGACAGAGCUGGAGUCCCAGCAUCAGCCUGCCAGGGUGUAUGGGGGCGGGGCCCGGGAGGUGCCGGAUGGAGGUCACUGCACACGGCAGCCCCUGGGCUGUUGGCUCUCCUCUCCACCGUGGCUGACUGGGGGCUUAGGGGUCCACCUGCACCUGCCCUGGCAUCCCCCCUUGGCGUCUGGUUCCCCCACUCUUGGCUUCUGUCUUCCCCUGUAUGUGUUGGGUGGCUCCCUCUGAGUCAGGCCAGGGUCUAUGAAGCAAACACAAGACCAGGGAGACAGCAGUUUCCUUCCAGCAGCUGCCUCUGGCAGGUGGUCACAUGAGAGAUAGCCCCCCCCCCCCGGGCUGACCUUAUCUGCUCAGCCUUGGCAUGGGGGCCAAGGUCUGACCCAUUCUGGUGAUAGGGAGAGCCCAAGGGAGACCUCAGAGCUCCCUUUCUGGAAGGAGCAGAAGGUGAAUGAAGUGUAACCUGGGCCCAGGGGGGGCGGGGCUGCUUGCCUGGGGCUCCCAGCGACACUCAGCCCCUCCGUGGUUGGUGGGGACAGACCGGGGCACGGGACAUAAGGGAGGGGCCGGGGGCGGAGGAGCGAGGCUGUGUGUACCCGUCACACCUGGGGUCUCUGUGCACUGUCAGACCCCAGUGAGCUGGUGUUUGCCCCUCCACCCAGAGGAGACUGCUGUCACUGUGUCACUCCACCCCUAACUGCCCCCUCUGUUAUCGGGUUGUUAAUAUUAAUUAACAACAGUUGCCAAGGAUGACAGUGCAAGGGUGUGUCCCAGCCAGAGCUGGCCUGGACCCAAGAGGGUGCUGGGGAGACUGGGGGGUCUGAGGCUGGGGCUUGGGGGCGCGAAGAGAGGUUCAGAGGGCCGGUGCCCGGGCCCAGCCACAUCUUGCACUUGUCCCUGGGCCUGGGACCUCCUGCAGCAGAGGCCGCUUGGGGAGCUCACGGGAAGUCUCUGGCUCGCUCAGCCCUCUGGCCUUGGUCACUUUGGGAAGUGGGUGAAGGGGACACCCCGGGAGGCUCAACUGAGAGGGUGCAGCCAAAGGUUGGAGGGACAAGUGAGGUGGAUCAUUAACCAGCUGGGAGCCCUGGGAGGUGCAGGGCUCAGCCCCAUUGGUCCCCAACUCAAUCGGGUGACGCUGUCCCGGGUGGGGAAGCUGCCUCGUAGGCCGUCCCCAGUUUUAGUAUAUGUACAGCCGCAGUGAGCUCUGUGUGUUGCCAGGAGCCAGCCCUUGGCUGUCCCCAAGUCCUGGCCUCACUUACCCUCUGACCCCUUCCCAGUGCCAGGAUGGUGGAGGUCGGCCUGAAGGGCUGGCUGCUCUGGGCUCUGCUCCUGAAGUUGGCCCAGAGCGAGCUGUACACGCCCAUACACCGGCCCGGAUACUGCGCCUUCUACGACGAGUGCGGGAAGAACCCGGAGCUGUCUGGAGGCCUGGCUUCACUGACCAACGUGUCCUGCCUGGACAACACGCCUGCUCGCCACGUCACGGGUGACCACCUGACCCUCCUGCAGAGCAUCUGUCCCCGCCUCUACACCGGCCCCAACACCACCUACGCCUGCUGCUCCCCGAAACAGCUGGUGGCCCUGGACGUGAGCCUGGGGGUCACCAAGGCCCUCCUCACCCGCUGCCCUGCCUGCUCUGACAACUUCGUGAGCCUGCAUUGUCACAACACCUGCAGCUCCAACCAGAGCCUCUUCAUCAACGUGACCCGAGUGGCCGGGCAGGGGGGCAGCCAGCCCCGGGCGGUGGUGGCCUAUGAGGCCUACUACCAGCGCAGCUUCGCCGAGCGGACCUACGACUCCUGCAGCCGGGUGCGCAUCCCUGCGGCCGCCACGUUGGUGGUGGGCUCCAUGUGCGGUGUCUACGGCUCUGCCCUCUGCAAUGCCCAGCGCUGGCUCAAUUUCCAGGGGGACACGGGGAACGGCCUGGCACCCCUGGACAUCACCUUUCACCUGUGGGAGCCUAGCCAGGCCGAGGGCAGCGUGAUGCAACUUCUGAACGAUGAGGUUGUGCCCUGCAACCGGUCCCUGGGCUACGGCGCGUCGGCCUGCUCCUGCCAGGACUGCACUGCUUCCUGCCCCGUCAUCGCCCGGCCCCCGGCCCUGGACCCCACCUUCUACCUGGGCCGCAUGGUCGGGAGCCUGGCCCUCACCCUCAUCCUCUGCUCUGUCUUCGCCUUGCUCACCGCCUUCCUCCUGUGGUCCCGCCUGGCUGAGCGGUGCCAACGCAAGACGCCCAGCCCCGAGGCGAGCAUCAGCCUCGCCCACCGGCUCAGCCUCUCCACCCACACCGUCCUCAGCCAGUGCUUCCAGUGCUGGGGCACGUGGGUGGCCUCGUGGCCAGUGACCAUCCUGGUGGUGUCCACUGUUGUGGUGGUGCCCAUGGCAGGGGGCCUGGCUUUUAUAGAACUGACCACAGACCCCGUGGAGCUGUGGUCAGCCCCCAGCAGCCGAGCCCGAAGUGAGAAGGCAUUCCACGACAAGCAUUUUGGCCCCUUCUUCCGAACCAACCAGGUGAUCUUGACGGCACCUGGCCGGCCCCGCUACAGGUAUGACUCCCUGCUGCUGGGGCCCAAGAACUUCAGUGGGAUCCUGUCCUCUGACCUGCUGCUGGAGGUGCUGGAGCUGCAGGAGAGGCUGCGGCGCCUGCAGGUGUGGUCGCCAGAGGAGCAGCGAAACGUCUCCCUGCAGGACACCUGCUACGCCCCCCUCAACCCGCACAACGCCAGUCUCUCCGACUGCUGCGUCAACAGCCUCCUGCAGUAUUUCCAGAACAACCGCACGCGCUUGCUGCUCACGGCCAACCAGACGCUGUUGGGGCAGACCUCCCAGGUGGACUGGAAGGACCACUUUCUCUACUGCGCCAACGCCCCCCUCACCUACAAAGAUGGCACGGCCCUGGCCCUGAGCUGCAUGGCUGACUACGGGGCGCCCGUCUUCCCUUUCCUCGCCGUGGGGGGCUACAAAGGGAAGGACUAUUCUGAGGCGGAGGCCCUGAUCAUGACCUUCUCCCUCAACAAUUACCCUCCUGGGGACCCCCGCCUGGCCCAGGCUAAGCUCUGGGAGGGGGCCUUCUUGGAGGAGAUGCGAGCCUUCCAGCGUCGGAUGGCUGGUGUGUUCCAGGUCACAUUCAUGGCGGAGCGCUCCCUGGAGGAUGAGAUCAACAGCACAACAGCCGAGGACCUGCCCAUCUUCGCUGUCAGCUACCUCGUCAUCUUCUUGUAUAUCUCCCUGGCCCUGGGCAGCUACUCCAGCUGGCGCCGAGUACUGGUGGACUCCAAGGCCACGCUGGGCCUGGGCGGGGUGGCUGUGGUGCUGGGAGCAGUCAUGGCUUCCAUGGGCUUCUUCUCCUACCUGGGUGUCCCCUCGUCACUGGUGAUCCUGCAAGUGGUGCCAUUCCUGGUGCUCGCCGUGGGGGCCGACAACAUCUUCAUCUUCGUUCUCGAGUACCAGAGACUGCCACGGAGGCCUGGGGAGGGGCGGGAGGCCCACAUCGGCCGAGCCCUGGGCAGAGUGGCCCCCAGCAUGCUGCUUUGCAGCCUCUCCGAGGCCAUCUGCUUCUUCCUAGGAGCUCUGACCCCCAUGCCAGCUGUGCGGACCUUUGCCCUGACCUCCGGCUUCGCGUUGCUUCUCGACUUCCUGCUGCAGAUGUCGGCCUUCGUGGCCCUGCUCUCCCUUGACAGCAGAAGGCAGGAGGCCUCCCGGCUGGACGUCUGCUGCUGCAAGAGCGCCCGGGAGCUGCCCCCGCCUAGCCAGGACGAGGGGCUACUGCUCCGAUGCUUCCGCAAGUUCUACGUCCCGUUCCUGCUGCACCGGUUCACCCGUGUGGUCGUGCUGCUGCUCUUCCUGGCCAUGUUUGGAGCAAGUCUCUAUUUCAUGUGCUACAUCAAAGUGGGGCUGGACCAGGAGCUGGCCCUGCCCAAGGACUCGUACCUGCUUGACUAUUUCCUCUUUCUGAACCGCUACUUUGAGGUGGGGGUCCCAGUCUACUUUGUAACCACUGGGGGCUACAACUUCUCCAGUGAGGCAGGUUUGAACGCCAUCUGCUCCAGCGCAGGCUGCAACAACUUCUCCUUGACCCAGAAGAUCCAGUACGCCACCGAGUUCCCUGAUGAGUCUUACCUGGCCAUCCCUGCCUCCUCCUGGGUGGACGACUUCAUUGACUGGCUGUCCUCAUCUUCCUGCUGCCGCCUUUAUGUCUUUGGCCCCAAUAAAGAUGAGUUCUGCCCCUCGACUGUCAACUCCCUGGCCUGCUUGAAGAACUGCAUGAGACACACAGCAGGGUCUGUCCGGCCAUCAGUGGAGGAGUUCCACAAGUAUCUUCCCUGGUUCCUGAGCGAUGAGCCCAACAUCAAAUGUCCCAAAGGCGGCCUGGCAGCGUACAGCGCCUCCGUGAAUCUGGGCCCAGACGGCCAGGUCUUAGCCUCGCGGUUCAUGGCCUACCACAAGCCGCUGAAGAACUCUCAGGAUUACACGGAGGCUCUGCGGGCAGCUCGGGCGCUGGCAGCCAACAUCACCGCCGACCUGCGGAAGGUGCCGGGCACCGACCCAGACUUUGAGGUCUUCCCUUACACGAUCACCAACGUGUUCUAUGAGCAGUACCUGACCGUGGUCCCUGAGGGGGUGUUCUUGCUCACCGUCUGCCUGCUGCCCACCUUCGCUGUCUGCUGCUUCCUGCUGGGCAUGGACAUCUGCUCCGGCCUCCUCAACCUGUUCUCCAUCAUCAUGAUCCUGGUGGACACUGUGGGCUUCAUGACCCUGUGGGAUAUCAGCUACAAUGCUGUGUCCCUCAUCAACCUGGUCACGGCGGUGGGCAUCUCUGUGGAGUUCGUGUCCCACAUCACCCGCUCCUUUGCCAUCAGCACCAAGCCCACGCGGCUUGAGAGGGCCAAGGAGGCCACCAUCUCCAUGGGCAGCGCGGUGUUCGCAGGAGUGGCCAUGACCAACCUGCCCGGCAUCCUCGUCCUGGGCCUGGCCAAGGCGCAGCUCAUCCAGACCUUCUUCUUCCGUCUCAACCUCCUCAUCACUGUGCUGGGCCUGCUGCAUGGCCUGGUCUUCCUGCCGGUCAUCCUCAGCUACCUGGGGCCUGAUGUCAACCCAGCUCUGGUGCAGCUGCAGAAGCAGGAGGGGGAGGUGACUGCAGCCACGGCGGCCUCCUGGUCAAAGCGCCCUGCCCCGAUGAGCACGGCCAACAGUGUCUAUGUCAACUACGGCUUUGAAAGUCCUGCCAAGAGCGAGGGUGGCCUGGGUAGCUCUCGGCCUCACAAUAGGCAGAAGCUCUGAUGGAGCCGGAGCCCCUGUCCAAGCUCACCGGCCCUGACCUGAGGGGCCAUGAGGGCUCCUCUGUGGGGGUCCCUUGACCCAUCCCCGCCCUCAGGGCCUGGGAGAGGCUGUCCCCACAGGAGUGCCCGCGACAGGUCACCCUCUGGCCAUGAGGUCUCACCCACAGGGACACACGAUUGUGAUGGAGGUGGCGCGCGAUGGCGUGGGUGUGAUCUGGUCCUGACCCACCUCUUGAAUUUGACGUGUGUCCUCCUCAUGCAAGUUUUAAAACUUUAGUUCUGUGUAUGUAAACAUAUAAUAUUAUUGCACAUUUAAAAGUUUUCCUUAAUUGAUAUUAUACUUGACCUAUCCUUUUGCAAUGAGGUUGUUUUAUUUUUGCACGCAACAUACAUUUUUUUGAUUUAUUCAUGUUGAUACGGGGAGAUCUAGUCCAAUCAUUUGAACUGCGACACAGCAUUCCAUUGUGUGAACGAACACGGUGUUUUUAUCCAUUCCCCAGCUAGUGGGCAAUCACAUUGUCCCCAAUUAUUUUUCUGCUAUAAGUCCACAGUCACUUUUGUGGAAUUCAGAGCUCCCAAAGCUCUGAAAACCUACUGUGUUUGUCUCUUUUUCUCCUGUAAGUUUGGGACAAACUCAUUUGGUGGCAAAAACCGAUCAGACAAGAUGUAUCUAUUUAUACUUUAUAAAUAGGACACUUACACUGUUCAACCAACUUGUUGUGAAUAGUCAUAUAUUUCAGUGCAUUAAUGAGUUUGAUUUUGUGUCGCUGCCCCAGAUCCUCCUGGGGUCUAAUAUCUAAUGUACUGUAAGCAUCAAAUUACCUUUCUAAAAAAUGUUCUAAAUCCUGAAAUUCAGCUCACCUAUGGGAUUUCAGGUAUGGAACCAUGGACCUGUGUGAUGAGCACGUGCUUACACGUCUCCUGUCUAUGUGUGGGGAGCUACCAUCGCUGUAGCACUGAACAGCAUACAGGCAAAUGCCUCCCAGAGAGGUUGCCCUGUUCACACCAGCAGUGGAUGAGGGUGCCUCUCUCCCUGCACCAAUACCACCGAAACGCUCCACUUACUUUUGAGAGGCAGGAGGGUACGAUUAUGGAUGAUUAUCCCUUUUUUAAAAACACUUUUUUAAAAGAAGACUUUUAAAUUUUAGAAUAGUUUUACAGAAAUAUUACAGAGAUAGUACAGAGUUUCUGUAUGCCCCCCACCCAGUUUACCCUGCUAACAUAUUACAUUAGUAUAAUACACUUGUCAGUGUACAAUUAAUGAACCAGUACUGAUAAUUACUACUAACUAAAGCCCAUACUUUGUUUAGAUUUCCGUAGCUUUUAUCUAGUGUCCAUUUUCUGUGCUAGGAUCCCAUCCAGGACACCACAUAAUACUCAGAUGUUAUGUCUACUUAGGCUCCUCUGGGCUGUGACAGUUUGUCAGACUCUCCUUUUCUUUGUUUUUGAUGACCCGGACAGUUGAAGACUGGUCAGGCAUUUUACAGAAUGUCCUUCAAAUGGGGUUUGUCUGGUGUUUCUCCCGAUUAAACUAGGGUGAUGGGCUUUUGGGAGGGAGACCGCAGAGGCAGAGCACCGUUCUCAGCAUAUCGUGCCAGGGGUGCCUGCAGUCGCCACCACGCAUCGCUGUGAUGCUGACUCUGACCACCUGGCUGAGGUUGCAACGGCCAGGCGUCUUCCCUGUACAGUUAUCUUGCACCUGUUUCCACGCUGUGCUCUUUGGACGGAAGUCGCUGUGCACAGCCCACACUUAAGGAGGGGGGAGUUAUGUUCCACUUCCUGGCAGGUGGGGUGUUUACAUAACUUAUUCGGAACUCUUCUGAACAGGAAAAUUGUCUGUUCCUCUCCAUUUAUUUAUUUAUUCGGUAUGAUAUCUAUAUCAGUAUGGACUCACGGAUACUCAUUUUGAACUUUGGGUUCUAAUAUACUACUUUAUCUGAGGCUCAAAUUGUUCCACGUUUGGCCAUUGGGAGCUCUUUCAAUUGGCUCCUGGGUCCCUUUGGCAUACUCCCAUCACUGUGGAAUUUUUUCCCCUUUUUGAGCACUUCCUUACUUUCUGGCAUUAUAAGAUGAUCCAGGCUCAACUUGUAUAUUUCUGCCCCAGUCCUAGAGUCAGUUGUUUCUCCCAGGAGUUCUAGCCCUUCUAUUGGAGAUGGGAUUAGAAACCAGGAUCGGGGUGUUCAGUGUGUGCGUUGCUGCUGGGGCAUUGUUGCUUCUGGGUCCUCUCAGCUGAGAGAGCAAGGAAACGUGUGUACGCUGACCCAUGUAUGUACACAUUUCUAUAAAUAUUGCUAUAUGUAGCCAUUUGUAUCUAUAUUAAGCUAAACAGGAGUUAAUGCUGAUGCCUCCGCCUCUAACCCAUAACCACGCGAAUCAUUCUAGACUGCUCUCUUGCUUAUCUGUAGCCUCCCAUGCCAAUAGUGAGAAGCCCGGCUGUACCACCCUCACCAUUUACAUAAUUGUUCAUUUCCUCUGUACAUACGUAGUAGUUUCAGAAAUGAUAACUCAUAUCCCUGUGGAAAACAACCUUAGAAUUAAGUGUCUGCUAUGUACAGUUCCUUUAGCCUUUAGUCUUCCAGACACCAUUCAUUUCCAAAGUUACUUAGGUCAGCAUCUUCUUCUACCACCCCUUUCGGAGAGGCUGUUUCGUACAUUUUUAAUACAGUUAGAUUCUUGUGUCACAUUCUUCCUUCCAUUCUGGUGUUACAAAAUCAUGUGUGUAAAAAAGAUUGUUGGGGGCGGGUAAUCAAGAGAACACUAUCCCUGGUUGACCCUCCAGCUGGACUCAGGCAAUAGGAGACCCCUCACCCCUUCUGCUGUCCUUGUACGCUCUGCCUACCGUUCCCACAGUGGGAGCUGUUUUCAGGGAAAUGGCCUUGAGAGAGUAAGGUGUUGAUGAGACCAUCCAGUCAGUGUACGUGACUGAACCCAGUUAAGGCUUCUGUAUAAACUUCUAAGAUUCUGGCAGAGUGGCUGCCCAGGCUAGCCUUGUAAGUUACUUCCCUUGCUUAUUAAACCUGCC